AAAAAACCGGAAUUUCACAUCGUCUCUACCAAUCUCUCCAUCUCUCUCUCUGCUCGCCGUCGCCGUUAUUAUUCCGGGCGAUCAAAAUUAAGACAAGCCAUUUUAUAACUUGUGACCAGUCCCUGUUUAUGUGGGUUUCAAUCUUUAACCUCAAGUCUUCUGGAUUGAAUCAUUUUUGUACAAGAACCAAGGCUUUUCGAUAUUUCUGGUGUAGGACCUUUUCUCUUGCUUCGUUGUCUGAGAAUAACUCAAGAUUCCAGACUGAUUCUAGUAGGCUACCUUACUCUGGAUCACGGUACUAUCAUAGUUCAAGUAAGCAUUUUGGUGAAGAUUUUGUUUCGAUUCUGAAGAAUAUUGAUGUCCCAAGGGAUUGUGUUGAGACUAUUAGAAAUGUGCUUGUGAAACACAAUUGGAUACAGAAAUAUGAGAGUGGGUUUAGUACUGAGCUUGAUCAAUACACUGUCAUUAGAAUUUUGGAUGAUUUGUUUGAGGAGACUUUGGAUGCAUCUAUUGUUCUAUACUUCUUUAGGUGGUCAGAGUUGUGGAUUGGUGUUGAGCACUCGAGCAGGUCUAUCAGCAGGAUGAUUCAUAUUUUGGUAUCUGGAAAUAUGAAUUAUAGAGCUGUAGAUAUGCUUCUCUGUCUGGUGAAGAAAUGUAGUGGAGAAGAAAGGUCUUUGUGUUUAGUUAUGAAGGAUCUUUUUGAAACUCGUAUUGAUCGUAGGGUUUUAGAGACUGUGUUUAGCAUACUGAUUGAUUGUUGCAUUAGAGAGAGAAAGGUAAACAUGGCCCUGAAGCUAACUUACAAAGUGGACCAGUUUGGCAUCUUUCCUUCACGAGGGGUUUGUAUUUCGUUGCUUAAGGAAAUUCUACGAGUUCAUGGCUUGGAGUUAGCUCGGGAAUUUGUUGAGCACAUGCUUAGUCGAGGGAGGCAUCUAAAUGCUGCUGUCCUUAGCCUAUUCAUAAGGAAGUAUUGCUCGGAUGGCUAUUUUGAUAAAGGUUGGGAAUUGCUUAUGGGAAUGAAACACUACGGCAUCAGACCUGAUAUUGUGGCAUUUACAGUUUUUAUUGAUAAAUUGUGUAAGGCAGGGUUUCUAAAAGAAGCGACUUCGGUAUUGUUUAAACUCAAACUCUUUGGUAUCUCUCAGGAUUCUGUAUCCGUCAGUUCUGUUAUCGACGGGUUCUGUAAGGUGGGGAAACCAGAGGAAGCCAUUAAGCUCAUUCAUUCUUUUCGUCUUAGACCAAACAUUUUUGUGUACAGUAGCUUUCUGUCAAAUAUAUGUUCCACAGGAGACAUGCUCAGAGCUUCUACCAUAUUUCAGGAGAUUUUCGAGUUGGGACUCCUUCCUGAUUGUGUUUGUUAUACUACUAUGAUUGAUGGGUAUUGUAAUCUAGGCAGAACUGAUAAAGCUUUUCAAUACUUCGGGGCGCUGUUGAAAAGCGGGAACCCGCCAUCCUUGACAACAUCUACAAUACUUAUUGGAGCUUGCAGCAGGUUUGGAAGCAUAAGUGAUGCAGAAUCUGUGUUUCGGAAUAUGAAAACUGAAGGUCUCAAACUGGAUGUCGUAACAUAUAACAAUCUGAUGCAUGGGUAUGGGAAGACACAUCAGCUGAAUAAAGUUUUUGAGCUUAUUGAUGAGAUGAGAUCUGCUGGUAUCUCUCCAGAUGUUGCAACCUACAAUAUUUUGAUACAUAGCAUGGUUGUUAGAGGAUAUAUCGAUGAAGCAAAUGAAAUUAUCAGUGAGCUUAUCCGACGAGGCUUUGUUCCUAGUACAUUAGCAUUCACAGAUGUGAUUGGUGGGUUCUCGAAGAGAGGGGAUUUUCAGGAAGCGUUUAUUUUGUGGUUCUACAUGGCUGAUCUUAGAAUGAAACCUGAUGUUGUAACAUGCAGUGCAUUACUUCAUGGCUAUUGCAAAGCGCAGAGAAUGGAGAAAGCUAUUGUUUUGUUUAAUAAGUUGCUUGAUGCGGGGUUAAAGCCAGAUGUUGUUUUGUAUAAUACGCUCAUCCAUGGAUAUUGCAGUGUAGGAGAUAUUGAGAAAGCAUGUGAGUUGAUUGGUUUGAUGGUUCAAAGGGGAAUGCUUCCAAAUGAGAGUACCCAUCACGCACUUGUUUUGGGGCUUGAGGGAAAGAGGUUUGUGAACUCAGAAACGCAUGCAUCCAUGCUACUUGAAGAAAUUAUUGUUGCAAAAUGGCACCUGACAUCGGGAGGAUGAUAACAGAUUACAUUCUGCAGCACCACUUCUUCUUUCGUCUUAAUGUCCACCUUUUUCAGGAUUAUGGCACUUUUUUGGCCCUUUAUUUGCUCCUGUAAUAAAGGGCUUUCAUUAUUUCAAGUUCCGUAGUACAACCUAAUAGUAGUUUGGCUCCUGAACGUCUUACUUAUGGAAAUGGGCAUCCAUACAAUGUCCAAGCAGUGCAGUCUCGAGUGAGUAGAAUGCAGCAGCACAAAACUAUUAAAAUGAGCAUUAGGAGAGAACCCUUUUGUGUGCCUGAUAACUGAGAAGUCACUGGAAUGAGUAUAAAACAAUGUGUUGGACUAAAAUUACGUACUGUGAAAUUGAUCAAAACUAGUAAUCAGAAGAGAAGUUAUUGUUUCUUUGGUAUGGUAGUCACUGGAUUUGGUUUUCUUGCAUAUUGACUCUGUUCCAUGUUUUAUUUCCGACGUUUAGGAGAUCAGAAGCAUAUGAACUCUAUCACUCCAGAGGGACUACGUCUACAUGGAGAAGUUGACCAAAAGAUUCAUCGGUACUUUAGAAAAGUAAUGUGCUUUCAGCUACUUUUUUGGCAUGAAACUUAUCAGAUGAUCCCGAACAGUCUCAAGUAAGCUUUCUUGAAGCUGUUCUAGUCACUGAUGAAUCAAAACAAUAAGUAAGUUAUCCAGAGAAUCUGUUAUUCUCAAGGUAUCGUAAAAAGCCCUGACUUCUCUUGUGUAUUGUCUAAGGAAAAGGAGCUUAAAACCUGGGGGAACUGCGGACCUUAACCUAGGAAAAACAAGACAGGAAACAGGAUAAGCUGGAGAAAUCAAGAAAAGUCAUGUCGGGAAAACCAAGAGCAAUGGAGAUAGAUCUGAUGUCUUGCUUACAUAUAGCCGGAGGAAGAUGAGAGGGAAAUCAAUUGGUGUUCGAGUUAAUGGCUUUCUAGUUUAUACUCGGAAGAAGUUAAAAUUCAGAGGACAUUUUGCUAGACAUGACCUAAGCGAAACCAAGAAUAAUGGUGAUCAACUUUCUAUUGUCAGAUCUCUAGAACUCGUAGACGAUACCCAAGUUACCGAAGUGACAUGUUCUUUUGAUGGAACAAAUGACAGCUGGUUGGUAUUCCACUGAUGCUGGGGUGUCUGAGACAGAUACAGACAAGUAGUAGCAGCCCUUUCAGGCAGUGUAAACAUUGUGAUAUGCCAGGAACUAUCGAAAAUAUGUUAAUUUGUAAUGACUGAGGUAUGCACUUCGAUAAUCAAAAGUCCUUUGC